CUUCCAGAGCAGGGCGUAGCAGGAAUUGGAGUUUGAGUUUUCUGGCGUAAAUACAAAGCGAGGCUACGUUCACCAUUUUUGUUUUACUGUUGUAAUUUAUAACGGUAGUUUGACAUUCUCUAACCGUACAUCGUUGAUCUCGCCACAAGACGUGUUUAUACCAUUGAGGAAAAGACACAGCAUUUGGGUCCAAACAGACAGCAUGAUGGACGGCGAAGUGAUGGUGGUUUCCAAACCCUUUGUGAAUAUUCGCAUCACAAGCACCCUCUCCACCUUUGAAAACCGCCGGAAGUUAAACAGAGGAAUCACUAUAGCAGAACUGAAGGGGCUACUGGAGAUGAAUGUGGGUGUACCUGCCUCCUGCAUGGACUUGGAGAUUUUUAGCGCCACCAAUAUUUUCUUACAGAAAAUAGAUAACGAUGAGGCUUUAUUUGGUUCCUACCCUGUGGAUGAUGAAUGCAGAAUACAUGUUAUUGAUAGAAGUGGAGGAAAGGCAAACGAGCUUUUCAACGAUUCCAGCGUGGAGAAGUUUGAGCUCUCAGAUGAUGCCUAUGAUCAACGGACAGAGACUUUGAGGUCAUUCUUAAAGAAGCAGCAGUUGGGACCCUACAACGAGGAAGAAGCUGCUGAGAAGAAAGCUAAGCUCACAACUCGGAUAGAGCAACAGAAGGCUGCAGCUGAGGACAUUUCUGUCGGCAGUCGCUGUAAAGUGGAGGUCCCUGGUCAGCCGACAAAACUUGGCACGGUUAUGUAUGUUGGUACAACAGAGUUCAAGCCAGGUUAUUGGGUAGGUGUGAAGUACGACGAGCCACUGGGAAAACACAAUGGAACCGUUCAGGGGAAGCAGUACUUUGAGUGUCAGGAAAAAUACGGGGCAUUUGUGAAGCCGCUGAGCGUGAUUGUCGGAGACUUCCCUGAAGAGGAUUACGGUUUAGAUGAGAUAUAAAACUAUUCUGGUUGUUGUUGUUUAUUUUCUUUUUGUCAUGGUCAUUUGCUUUCAUCUCAGAUCCUCUUCUACAGAUAUGACGUAGGACUGAUUUAUUGAAACAGUGGUUUCUGUUUGUUCUUUUGUGGAAGGCAUGAUCAAAAGGCACUUUAGCUGGAAGCUUUUUUCAUCGCAGCAUGACCGAAGUGACGGUCCAUGUGAAGUCGUAACAUAGAGGAGUCAUCAAAUACUAGUUAGAUCUUAAUGUAUUUAAGUUGUUCUCAGACUUUAUUCUGUUUUUAAAGUCAGUGUAAUUUUUUUUAAUUUUUUCCUUUGUAAUUUGUGUUGAAUUUUGUGUAACUGUACAUAAUUACAGUCCUAAUGUUUAAGGAAUGUACAUUGCUUUAACUGUCAUGUCAACUGUAACAGUCCAUUGAGUCUAAAUUUCCCCCUAACCAUAAUUUUCCGGUAAAAAGGGUCACCCCAGGUUGCAUCAGCAACUUUAGGAGGUUAAACAAGCUGCAGGAAGGAGAUAUUUGCAUUUUAAAAUAAGCCUGUGCAGGUAAGGCGUCCAUGAUUAUCAAUUUUAUUGAGUGAAAGCUCUUGUUUCUUGUUCUGACACUGUUUUUCUUUUUAAAGACCACAAUAUUUUCCUUCUAAACAAAACAUGGCUGCUUUGUCACGUGUCACCACUCUGCCCAGCAGCAAAAGUCAACCAGCCACACUAGUGCAGCUGCAGGUUCCUUUGUAACAGUUAUGUCACUCAGCGUUGGACAAUGUUGCAUUGAUGUUACGCUUGCUUUCGUUAUGCAUAAACACAUUAAACAUGCUGUUUUAAUUUGAGCAAGUGUAAAAACACUAUUUCUGUCUUCUCAAUAAAGUUCAGUAGUAAUUAACAUAAGGUGCUGGUGACAAAAUGUGCCAAAGGAUAACGCAAACUAAUAAAAUACACAUGAUCAGUCA